GGCAUCCUCGGCGGGCCUCUGAGUGCGGCUGCCGUGCGGAGUUGAGGUGGAAGUUUGUGUUUAGUUAGUCUCCGGAGCUGAGAGCGAUGAGCGGGCACACGGUCCCUGCAGACUUCUCAGAACACAUGCUGGACCUGGACGAGGACGAGGACCUGGAGGUUUUCACCAAGAAUACUUCCCUGCCAGAUGGAAGCCCCUUGCCCAACUCUCCCAGCUCCAUGGUCAACCAGUACAGACUGGAGGACGAUGAUGAGGGCAAAGAGGACGCCAACACUAAGGACAUCUUCGUCACCGUCGACCACCCAGAGAGCCAAGUGACGGCGAUCGAGACGUUCAUCUUGUACAGAGUGGUGACCAGGACCACUCGCAGUGACUUUGACUCCAGUGAGUACGAGGUACGGCGACGCUACCAGGAUUUUGUGUGGCUCCGUAGCAAACUAGAAGAAAAGCACCCCACACUAAUCGUCCACCCCCUCCCAGAGAAGUUUGUUAUGAAAGGCAUGGUGGAGCGCUUCAACGACGACUUCAUCGAGACGAGGAGGAGAGCCCUGCACCGCUUCCUCAACAAGAUAUCCGAGCAUCCCAUCCUGUCCUACAGCCAGCACUUCCAAGUCUUCCUCACUGCACAGGAUCUGGCGCCUCACAGGAAACAGGGACCGGGCUUCUUGAGCAGGAUGGGGGAGACGGUGAGAGCAGUGGCCAACUCAGUCCGAGGCCUCAGAAGCCGGCCGGAGGAGUUUGCUGUGAUGCAGGAGUACGUGGACGACUUCAGUAACAAGAUGUGCUGCAUGGACAAAGUCACCCAGAGGAUCGUCAAGGAACAAAGAGAGUAUGUGGACGAGUUGAAGCAGUACAGCCCCACCUACGCCCGGUGGGGCGAGUUGGAGGAGGAGCUGACGGAGCCGUUGAAGGGCGUGGCCAGCUGUGUGGUGCAGUGCAGCAAGGAAGCAGAAGAGCACAUCCAGCAUCUGUCUGAGGUCCUCGUCCCCGCCCUGCACGAGUAUGUGCUCUGCGCUGAAACGCUCAAGGCUGUGAUGAGACGCAGAGACAACAUCCAGGCAGAGUUCGAAGCCAAGAACGAGGCUCUGCUGACCAGGAAAGCGGAGCAGGAAGCACUUCAGGAGGAGGUGGAUGUCCUGGCAGAUCGGAUGGAGCAGGCCAACAACAGCCUGAAGGGAGACUGGGCCCGCUGGCAGCACAGCAUGACCUCUGACCUCAGAUCAGCCUUCAUCUCUGCUGCAGAGAAGAACGUGGACUACUACGAGAAGUGUCUGGCGGUGUGGGAGUCGUUCCUGGUGUCACAGAGAGCAGACGCCAGCGGAGGCCAGGAAGACGUUGCUUAAAGAGUUCAAAGGUCGACGCCGCCCCCGCCCCCAACCCCCACAUGACACACACCGCUCUCUCCAGCAAAACCUUCAGAUGUACGAAUGAACCACUGCCCGUCUGCUUCCUGUCUCUCCUGAAUCCCAGUCUCACCAUUCCAACAUCACUAAAACCAGCACUGUAAUCCACACACACACACACACACACACACACGGUUCUCUGGUUUGUGUCGUUGUUGUGCUGCAUGCUACAGUGACAUAGCUAGCAGCUGGCUCCUGUCAUGUGACACGGACGCCCUCAGGUGUCCUUCGCUAACUCGUGGGUUUGGCAGCAGGAGGCGUUUCACACGAAGCAGCGACGAUCAGCCUCAGAACAUCCUGCUCAACAGAAAAGUUUAAUUUGUAAUAAAUGGUACAUUGAUGUUGAUUUCUACUUUAAUAUUUAAAGUUUAUAAUGAAACUCUGAUGUUUAUUAGUCAUUAGUGAUGCAGUCGUUUUAGUAAGUUCUGAAUUGUAUAGAAGUGAUAGACAACAGACACACGGCUCAUGAUGGUGAUGAUGGCGAUGAUGAGCCUGUGUAGUAUUUGCUACAUCAGCCCGAUGUCGUUGUGCAGAUUCACCAAAGAGUCGUGUUUCCUCACAGCUGCUGCCGUCUGCACGUGUGCAGCAGCGUGUUCAAGCCAAACGGGCGUCUCGUGCUGAAGCGACCAAAGUAUCUGCUGAAACGUAAUCAAAGCAGUUUUCAGUCUUUACUCACCUGCUUCUGUAAAAGCAUCUGUUACUAUCAAGAUUAAGAUGAGGAAAUGAUGGGUUUGCAGGAAGCAUCCAUACACAGCACUACAGUUCUACAGCCCUAUGUUAAAAUAAUAAUAAUAAUGAUAAAACGUCCUUUGGAGAUUAUAAAUGUGAUGGUCUGAGUCAUGUGUCCAUGCUAAUGGUAACAAUAGAGACAUAAACACAGCUGUGAUGAGCUCGUCAGAGCGUGACCGUCUACUUUUAUCAAGAUGAGCUACUGAAAGUUGAAAAUCGGAGUCUUCUUAUUGGAAACUUCGACUGCAGCUCUCUGCCAAAGUUAUGCACCAAACAAAUGUCUCACAUUUCAUGAACAAACCUCACGUGUGAUGCAAGUUGAAUCAGAUGCAUGUGAGCUGCAGACAACACUACUGGAAGCUUUAGUCAAGUUUACUCAUCUGCACUACAGCUGUUCCAGCUGUUCCACCCACCGUUUCAUACUGUGGACCUUCUGCUUUUAUCAUUGUGAAAAAUAAUAUGUAAUAACAUGAUUUGAGAUACUGACAAUAAAGACUGAUGUGACGCUACA